UGCACCCCCGGUAACGCCGGCGGUAGAAAACCGCGUUCCCCGCGGCCUCUGGUUUUUGAUGUGUUUAUCGAGGCCCCCGGUGUUUGUUGUUGCAGGGGCGCUGAGGUCCGGGCUGUUGGGUAACGCCAGGUGUCCCCGAACCCGCCUGGGGCAGCCACACGCUGCGUGUGGGCACAGGGAUGCAGCAAGAACGCCGGGCUGAGGAAAAGUUUGAAUUGUAGUGAUAACGCGGAAUUUUUCUAUAUCAGUAGAUUUAUAAAAUAUGCUUAGUUUCAAGGGACCCACAAGGAUCACCGAAAUCCGAUUCCUGGCCCUGUACAGAACAGCCCUAAGAAUCGCACCGUGUGUCUGAGAGUUGUCCUAAAGCUCCUCGAGCUUGUCAUGCUCGGGGCCGUGACCCCAUCCCUGGGGAGUCUGUUCCAGUGACCAUCGCCCUCUGGGUGAAGAGCCUUUAAUAUCCAGCCUAAACUUCCCCUGGCACAGCUUCAUCCUGUUCCCUCGGGUAUUGUCACUGGUCACCAGAGGGCAGAGAUCAGCGCCAUAAAAAACUUGCAUACUUGCUAGUUCUCUCCAUGAAAUAUUUUAACAGAGUAACACUGAUAGAAAAAUGAAAACAAAAAAAAUAUUUUGAUUUAAAAAAAUACCUCAUGAUUCGUGCCCAUGGUAAAAGAGUUGAAGGUGUCUUCUCUGUAGUGCACUUGUAAUUAAAAGUAAAUUGUAAAUGUACGCCAUUGUUUUUGGUCACAGUAAAUAAAUGUACUUUAUUCUGAAUUUGCUAUGUUUGCACGCUUUAAGGUUCCGUGGCACGUGGGAAUUCAUUGAGAUUGAGACGUUCUCCAGAAGUGCAGCAGGGCUGAAGACGCUUUGUGUCUGUGUUUCGCAGGGCCUGGGUUUCCGUCCCCCCGCGCACUCGCACAGUGACUGGAUCGGGCCCCCGGACAAGCACUCCAACCUGCGCCCCAUCAUCUUCUACGUGCCCCCCGAGGAGUCGGCGCUGGAGCGGCGGCUGCGGGAGGCGCGCCAGGAGGCCCAGGCCAGCAACCAGCGCUUCUGGGCACGGCACAACCUCGCCUUCUGCCAGGAAAAAGAAGAAUUUAUUUAUUCAAGACUGAAAGCCAAGGGUCUGGAAAUGAGAGAUGAAUCAGGUCAAAAAGCAACACUGAAUGCAGAAGAAAUGGCUGACUUUUACAAGGACUUUCUAACUAAAAAUUUUAAAAAGCAUUUGCAGUAUAACAGAGAUUGGUAUAAACAUAACUUUAGGAUCACAUUCCUCAUGGGACAAGUAGCACUGGUGAGAGCUCUGAGGUGGCUUCGUCGGAGAAAGAAAAAUGUAGAACAGUAAUCACGGCUCCAUGAAGAAUGCAAUACUAUAUGCUAUAAACUUGUGGUUUAUAGUAAUGUUCAAAAUCUGAAUGGUUGAUGCAAUAAUUACUUGAAUUUGUUUGUAAAACUAUGUAAAUAAAAGUCAACACUAGUCUUAAUUUAUAAUCAGUGUGUAGAUUUCCUUUACCCUUUAUUCCAGGAAUAUCUAAAAUAUUUCUCCACCAAAACACAAGCAAGAAGACUUUCAAAAACUGUUCCUUGUUCAUGUCAGAUGGAAUGGGUAAUUAUGGUCUUGUUUUUACUGUAGAGUUAUGGCUGCUAAAUAAUAUGAGAUUCAGUGUGGUGUAUCUGAACUCUGGUCUCAGAAUGGUGUCUCCACUAAUUAUGUUAGUAUACAAAGACAAAAAUGCCUCAUUUUGCAGCAGUUGCCUGUCUGGGGCAGUAGCUAUCUAUAAGUAAUACAAAAUAGAUGAAGGAACAAAUUUGAUCUGUGAUUAUAUAGACAAUCAAUUUAGAAUAAUCCUCUGCAGUGUGAUUAUUUGCUAUUUUUAAUAAAGAUUUAAGAUCAUUAUUUCAUAUGAAGUCUAAUGCAUUAGGAUCUUCUUUGAUUUUUUUUUUUAAUCAAGAGAAAUGUGCCUUCCUUGGACAAGAGCUCCUCUGGUCCAUGAUUGGUAAAUGUUUUAGUUGCUGAGCUAUUUAAAUGUGCUGCCCAUCAUUUAAUCUUGGUAGAAGACAAAACUGGUAACUCCUCUAUGGAAAACAACAUUACAAAAAGUAUGCACUGUUUUCUCCUGGUUCAUUUCUUCCAAAAAAAUGUGCCAUUCUCAUCAGUUUCUCCAAGGCACUGAAAACAACUUGCCCGAGGGUUGUUUUUGUGGCCUCUGUGUAAGUAACAUCAAUUGGAAGGAGCAUGGUUCAAGUCCUAAAAUGUUAUGCCAGGUAUUUUUAAUUUAAAAGAAGUCUCAUGCCUCACUAUCUUCGCUCUGUCCAUUUAUACAAUUAAUUUUUUUAUUUUUUUUUAUCCAGUACCUACUAAGAGGAUUCUGUUAAAAAGAAUGUGUGCUGUCAGAUGAAGUGUUUUCUUAAAGCUGUCCUGUAGGGAAGGUUCUGCUUUUGGAAACAUCAUCUCAGUAGCCAUUGACCUAUUUUUUAUAUCUAAACAUGACAUGAUUUAUUCACAGACUUUUUCAACUGGAGCAAAAAGAGCUUUGUCCACAGCAACUAUAAUAAUUUCUCUGCAAAAUUAAAUAAAUGUUACUGAUACAGUAGCAGAUCAGUGUUUCAUACAACUAUUAUAUUAUUGGGGCUGAAGUGGCUACUGAAUUGUGAUUUUAAUUGUUAUUAAUAAAUGAAAGCGGUCAUUAAUGGUGUUUGCUGAGAUAAUAGCCAACACUUUGAAAAUAUUUGUGAAUGUUACACUGCAUCAGUACUGUAAAGGAUAUAUAUUUAUUAAAAAUUUACAGAAUGCCAUGUUUAGGAAAAUAAAUCUUUGAAAUAGACUACUGUGGGUAUGUAAUAUAAUUCUUCAGGGCUUUCCAAUAAAUCAUCUCUUACAGUA